AGGGCCGGGAGGCUUCCAGGGGCUAUGUUCACACCGCAAGCCGUCAAGCAGCCCGUCCGCAAAGCCCGCCUUCCUUCCACCCCACCGAGCUACCUCCUCCCGCCUGCUGAGCGUCGUGGGGACCACUGGGCUGGAUUUAGAGCCCCCUGGAGUUUCAGAAACUCUCAGUGUGUCUGCCUGGACCCUUCGUCACAAGGAACUAUGCUGCCCCGAUGGGAAUUGUCUUUUUACCUGUUGGCUUCACUAGGCUUCCACUUAUAUUCUUUCUAUGAAGUUUACAAAGCUUCCAGAGAACAUGAAGAGGAGCUGGACCGGCAGUUUGCCCUGGAGAUUGGCACUUUAUUUGGAGGAUUAAAGAAGGACCCGACUGACUUUGAGUGGAGCUUCUGGAUGGAAUGGGGAAAACAACGGUUGCUGCGGUUUCUGUUCGGCCACGUGGCUGUGUCUCAGCUGGCCAAUGUGCUUGCAAGGAAGCACAGACCCUGGAUCCUGGGGGCUUAUGGAAUAUGGGCCUCCUGGUGUGUGCUGGGGGCCCAUGGCACAGCCAUUAUUUUUCUCCACACCCUCAUCUCCUUCUGUGUAGCCCAGUUCCGGUCGCUGUUCCUCACAUGGCUCUGUUCUCUCCUCCUGCUCUCCACACUGAGGCUGCAGGAUGUGGAGGAAGUUAAGAGAGGCUGGUACCAGACAGAAAAUGAGUACUACUUGCUGCAGUUCACGCUGACCGUGCGCUGUCUGUAUUACACCAGCUUCAGCCUGGAGUUCUGCUGGCAAGAGGUGCCCUGUGGGAGCAGCUUCUACUCCUUUCCCUGGCUGGUGGCCUAUGUCUUCUACUACCCCGUCUUCCACAACGGGCCCAUCCUCAGCUUCCCGGAGUUCAUCGCCAAGAUGCAGCAGCAAGAGUACUGCUCACUGAAGUCCAACCUUUCCGCCUUUGCUGUGGGGCUGGGUCGCCUCCUCUGCUAUUGGUGGCUGGCCGAGCUGAUGGUUCACCUCAUGUACAUGCACGCCAUCUACAGCAGUGCCUCCCUCUUGAGGGCUGUCUCUUGUUGGACCUUAGGAGGACUGGCAUUGGCCCAUGUGCUCUUCUUCUAUCUGAAGUACUUGGUGCUCUUCGGUGUCCCAGCUCUGCUCAUGCGCCUGGAUGGACUCACGCCGCCACCCCUCCCUCGCUGUGUGAGCACCAUGUUCAGUUUCACAGGGAUGUGGAGAUUCUCAAACACCUGUUCACCACAGACUUCCUGUCAUCUAACACGGUGCCUGGCACAUAGUAGGCACUCAACAAACAUAUUUCCUGAGUGAAAGAUGAAUGAACUCCUGUGCUCCUGCACUCCUGAAGAAGAAAGAAAGAAAAGAAAAAUGGACUUAAAUGCGAAGUGAGGGUCAAACUUACUUCCAGUGGCUAACCUGCCAUCCUGACUGCAUUUAUGGUGACAUAAAAUACCAUCUUUUGCCACAUCAUCUAUUUCCUGUGUUGUGCCUGAGACUUUUUCUGGGCCCGCCUUGCAACAGCAUGCAUCCCAGGUUCUUCGUUUCUUUACAGUGUGAAUGUUUCAAUCUUUUCUGUAAUGAAUGUCUUAACAUUAGACCAAGAGGGAAUUUGCAUUUCUCUAUGGUGUCUGGUGAAAAAAGAAGCGAUUGAGUAAUGAAAACAGCUCUAUUCUUCUUCAUUAGAGGCUAAAAACAACCAAAAAACCACCACAACAACAAAAACAGCAAAGUAAAAUUUAGAGGACCUUCACGGUUUUAGGGAUGGGGGAAUAAGGCAGAGACUGUCCUUUGUUCUCAGUGGCCUGCGAUGGAUGAACCCCUGAUCAGUGGUGCUUGUGCAAAAGGAAAUAUGGCUAACAUUCGGAGUCCCCUGAAGAUGGCUGGGGAGCUGUCACCUGGAAUGGGAAAAUUAUGCCGAAGGGGGGUUCUGAAAAACCGAACCUACAAAUUAUUAUCCUUGAACCUCCUGGAACUUCCUAUCCACUGCUUCUCCUCUCUGUUCUGUCUCCCUUUGUUUCAUAUUAUUUAAUGUCUCUAGCCCUGGCCAUGGGAGUCAUUUUGGCCCAGGACUGGAAGGAGCAGGACCAGCUCCAUUACUCCUCACUUGAGGGGAAGCGAGGCCCUUGCUUCUUGAAUGAAGAAGGCUCCUGGUAUCCCACAUCGCCAUUCUCAGUGCAUGUUUAUCAGGAAAGCUGGUCUAAACCGUUGUCAGAUUGGACGGAAGAAAGGAGCAAUGAACUUAAAGAUAAUCCAACAGACAGUAUUCAUACUGAAACACAAGGAGGAAAAAAAAUAGGGGCGGGUGGCGGGGGAGACGAAAAUCAGAACCAAGCAUCAAAGAGCUGUAGGAUAACAUCAAAUAGUCUAACAUAUGUGUCACUGGAGUCCCAGAAGGAAAAGGGAAUGAAAGAAAUAUUUGAAGAGACAGUGUCCAUAGAAUUUCCAAAAUUAGCGAGAUAAUAAACCACAGAUCUAAGGGCCUCAGAAAACUCUAAACAAAAUAAAUACAAAGAAAAAUACACCUAGGCACAUCACAGUCAAAAUGUUGAAGCCAAAGUUAAAGAGAAAAUUUUUUGAAAGCAGUUAGAGGAAAAAAAGAAUAUACAGAAACCAUGUCAGAAACCAUGCAAGCCAGGGCGCCUGGGUGGCUCAGGCAGUUAAGCAUCUGCCUUCAGCUCAGAUCAUGAUCCUGGGGUGCUGGGAUUGAGCCCUGCAUUGGGCUCUCUGCUUAGCAAGGAGCCUGCUUCUCCCUCUGCCUUCUUGUGUUCUCUCUCUUGCUAUCAAAUAAAUAAAUUUUUAAAAUAUCUAAAAAAAAAAAAAAGGGAAACCAUGCAAGCCAAAAGAUAAUGGAAAGACAUCUUUAAGAUACUGAAAAAGAAAAACUGUCAACAUAGGAUUCUGUAUCCAAUAAAGAUGUCUUUUAAAAUUAAAGGCAAAAUAAAUACAUUAAAAAAAAAAGAAGAAAGAAAUUAAAGUUUAGCCAGCAGACCAGAAGGCUGAGGAAGUUCUUCAAGCAGAAGGAAGCAUAAAGCCAAAUGGAAUACUUAUAUCUAUACAAAGAAAUUAAUAGUACCAGAAACGAGCUGGGGAGAAGAGGGAUGUGUUUCAGUUUGCAUACCGUCUGUUGGCUUAUCUUUAAGUUCAUUGCUUCUUUCUUCCAUCCAAUCUUCUUCAGAUCCCAACCUAAAGUUGUAAAGGAAGAUGAGGACUGACAUUGUGGAGUUGGCCUCCCAUGGAGGUCGUGGUGACCUUGACAACAAUAGUCUUAGUGAAGUGGUGGGGGCAAAAGCCUCAUUAAAAUGGGCUCAGAGGACAAUGGAUAUGAUCUGACCCCAGGAACCAGUGUGGGGUCUAAUGAGGGGAAGCUAGUGCACAUGGUGUGGUGAGGGCCCAGACUUCCUGUUUUCCUGACUGAGCUUCACCCAAGUUCUUCUUGACUAGGCAGACCCCUCUGAGUCUCAGCCAGGCCAUUGCAAGGCCAUGCACUACACUUUGCAGUGAUCUCACUCCCCAUUCAUCACAGGUGUCUCUAAACCAGGUUUACUGGCCCACAUCUUCCUACCUUCAAUGUAGGAACUUCUUUAUGUCUUCUUGCCGUAAGGCUGCUGAAGGAAGCUCAGCAAUAGCAACUAGGUUCUUUCCUUUACUCUGCCUAACAAUAUUUACCCCAGUGUGGCCACCCUUUGUUGUAAAGAGCAUUCUUCAGGUGGUAUGGACCAGAAAGGAAAGCCAGAGCUUCUCGGCUUGGGUUUUUACUUCCACCUAUAUUUAACCUUCCCUUUUUGGACAUGUUUCUGAGUUCUUCUGUCCUCUUCCAUCUCUUCCCACAGUUCACUGUGUCACAAGAGAUAGAUUUUCUACUUCCCCCUUCUACCUUCUCUUUUGACAUUCUUCUCUAGGGCAGGUAGCUUUAUGGCUCAGCUCUUAUAGUAGAAGGGGGUAUUCUUUCUGUACUACAGGGAAGAAUACUCUAAGAUCUGAUUCAGUUAGACAUAGUUUUGUGAGUACUUGGACGAGAAAUUAGGGAUCGCUGGGAACAGAAUACAUUGUUUUAGUUUUCAAAAAGUCUCUUUUAGAAUUAUUCUUGUAAAGUAGUGUUGAGUAAGGAUUUAGACAUUAUCAUCACUGCCUGAGAACCAGAGCAGUAAGUAAGGUGUCCAAGAUCAUGCUGGUACCAUGUUCUUACUGUAUUAAAAUCUAAACCCUAAUCCUUUUUAUCCAGAAAGGUUUAGAUGCAUAAAUGCAUUUGCUUGUAGAUGACUAUGUGAAAAUUCAUACAUUCAAUAGCACCAUGAAUGAAUAGAUUUCCUUUUCCAAUUAUGCCAAGAAUAAAGACAAAAUUAUUUAGUGUCAUAGUUUUCUAUGUCCUGAGAUUUCAGUCUGCCAUAGCUACAGGUUCAUUACCUGCCACCUUCUUUUUUAAAAAAAAUUUAUUUAUUUUUUAAAAUUUCUUUUCAGUGUUCCAGAAUUCACUGUUUAUGCACCACACACAGUGCUCCAUGCAAUACAUGCCCUCUGUAAUACCCACCACCAGACUCACCCAACCUCCCACUCUCAGCCCCUCCAAAACCCUCACUUUGUUUCUCAGAGUCCACAGUCUCUCAUGGUUCAUUUCCCCCUCCAAUUUCCCCCAACUCACUUCUCCUCUCCAUCUCCCCAUGUCCUCCAUGUUAUUCCUUAUGCUCCACAAAUAAGCAAGACCAAAUGAAAAUUGACUCUCUCUGCUUGACUUAUUUCAUUCAGCAUAAUCUCUUCCAGUCCCAUCCAUGUUGAUACAAAAGUUGGGUAUUCAUCCUUUCUGUUGGAGGCACCAUACUGCAUAGUGUAUAUGGACCAUAUCUUCUUUAUCUGUUUGUCUGUUGGAGGGCAUCUUGGUUCUUUCCACAGUUAGGCGACUGUGGCCAUUGCUGCUAUGAACAUUGGGGUACAGAUGGCUCUUCUUUUCACUACAUCUGUAUCUUUGUGGUAUAUACCCAGUAGUGCAAUUGUAAAUUCCCAGUCAUAGGGAAGCUCUAUUAUUAAUUUCUUGAGGAAUCUCUGUUUUCCAAAGAGGCUGCACCAACUUGCAUUCCCACCAACAGUGUAAAAGUGUUUCCCUUUCUCCACAUCCUCUCCAACACACGUGGUUUACUGUCUUGUUAAUUUUGACCAUUCUAACUGGUGUAAGGUGGUAUCUCAAUGUGGUUUUGAUUUGAGUCUCCCUGAUGGCUAAUGAUGAUGAACAUUUUUUCAUGUGUCUGAUAGCCAUUUGUAUGUCUUCUUUGGAGAAGUGUCUGUUCAUGUCUUCUGCCCAUUUUUGAUUAUAUGUUUUGUGCGUGUUGAGUUUGAGGAGUUCUUUAUAAAUCUUGGAUAUCUGCCCUUUGUACUGUAAUUUGUGAGUAUCUUCUCCCAUUCCAUGGGUUGCCUCUUUGUUUUGUUGACUGUUUCCUUUGCUGUGCAGAAGCUUUUGAUCUCAAUGAAGUCCCAAAAGUUCAUUUUCACUUUUGUUUCCUUUGCCUUUGGAAACAUAUCUUGAAAGAGGUUGCUGUGACCGAUGUUGUAGAGGUUAAUGCCCAUGUUCUCCUCUAGGAUUCUGAUAGAUUCCUGCCUCACAUUGAAGUCUUUUAUCCAUUUCGAGUUCCUGGGAAAUUCUACCAAACUUUCAAAGAAGAAAUAAUACCUAUUCUCCUGAAGCUGUUUCAAAAAAUUGAAGCAGAAGGAAAACUUCCAGACUCUUUAUGAAGCCAGAAUUACCCUGACCCCCAAACCAGGCAGAAACCCUACCAAAAAGGAGAAUUUCAGACCAGUAUCCCUGCCACCUUCUUUUUGAUCCACCCAUCUGUAGUAGACAUUCAAAGGAUUUUCUCUCGAAAUGCUAGCAAAAUGUUAUGAUACAGUCCAACUUCUUACCUAUUGAAUAAGAUGGACACUCUGCCUUCUAGUAAGUAUUCUAAACUAUAGUAGGCCUGCAGAGUAAAAGUUAAGACUUUUCUCUGCCUGUCAUGCUUGAAAAUAAUGUUUUAGGGCACCUGGGUGACUCAUUCGGUUAGGUGUCUGCCUUUGGCUCAGGUCAUGAUCCUAGGGUACUGGGAUCGAGCCCCACAUCGGGCUCCCUGCUCCAUGGGAAGCCUGCUUCUCCCUCUCCCACUCCCUUUGCUUGUGUUCCCUCUCUCACUGUGUGUGUCUCUCUGUCAAAUAAAUAAAUAAAAUCUUAAAAAAGAAAAGAACGUUUUAUUCUUAAGUAUGACAGGCAAACCUGGCUCCAACCUGCUAUUUCCAGUUCCUUCCACUCACCUUCUAUUACAGUAAGAACUAGUCCUUGUUUCUCAGUCCAGCCCACCCUGUUCACCCACAGACCCUUAUAACUUUGGGGCUGGCCUCCUGGGGCUGUAGGGCUCACCAUGCUCCUCUUUCUUCUAUCAGAUAUGAUGCCUCCCACUGUACAAUUCGGUGCCAGCUGCAGUGUCACUUUUCCUGUCAAGCUAUGCUCCACUCCCACCCCCUGGCAGAGGGAUUGCUCAUUCCUCUUUGCUUUAUGGUACUUUGUACAAGGUUAACAUAUUCUAACACUUCUAUUUGUUAAUAGAGUCAUUGUGUCUAGCUUAUGGAGACCAGAGGCUAUCACUCCUUACUUAUUUUCUUAUUUAGUUUAAUAGAGAAAUGUCUGUAUUUAGCAAGAGCCUUGCAUUAGAUCCUUGCUCUUCCAAAUAUGGUCUAAGGAACCACAGCAUCAGACUCUCCUGGCAGCUUGCUAGAAAUGCAGGAUCCUGGGUCACACCCAAGACCUACUGAAUUAGAAUCUGCUUUGUAACAAGAUCUCUUGGGGACACUGUAUGCACAUUAAAAUUUAGGAGGCAAUGGACUGAGCUAGAUUAAUCCUAAGGAUUCCUCCAUCCUGAUUUGCCCUGACUCUGUAGACUACCUAGAUAAUGGCCCUGAGUGACUGUAAGUUUGAGUAUUUGCAUGGGUCACAGGGACUGGUCCCCAGGAGAACUUCACUGGGAGCUUUUACUGAUGUUCCUAGGGCAUAAAACCACAGAAGGACAGAAGAGGCAGGUAGAAUGAGUUCAACCAGCCUCAAGGUAUGGAGGGGACUUGCAGGUGGCUUUUUGGUAAAGAAUGAGCAGUCUGGUACAGUAGACUUUGAACCAGAUGGGGGAGCCGCUGGUCUGUAGUCACAAAAACCUAUGAAAAAUGAAUUCCUCCAUUUGUUAUCCCCAGAAUGCUGUUGUCCUCCAGCUUGUUAUCCUACAUGUGGACUUCUUCCCAUUUCUGCCUGCUUCCCUCUGUUCCCCUAAAAUUGCUCCUUGUGUGUGGGAAGCCUAAAGAUGAGGGUCUGUGCCAUCCAGGAAGGAAUGCCCAGUCUUUCCUGGUUGCUGACUGUGACCCUGCAGACAACCUUCUUUGGAUUUUGGGAGGGCUGCCCCAUUGCAAGGAGGGAUGUAAUUCCCAGUGAGUCUAUUUAUAUGGGAGACUCAGCUUACCAGACUUCAGUAAAGCAAUGCCUAUGGACAUGACCUUCCUGCUGAAGCAGGGAUGAUAAAUAUAAGUAGUCAUUAUGUUUCUGGGAAAUGUCGCUAGCUGCAGAAGAUUUGCUAAGAAGUUAAUUAAAAUAUACAUCAUGUGUAUUCUACAUAUGCCAGUUGUGUUAUGAUUAGUGAGUGAGUUAGCGGCACUCAGGCAAGGCUGCUUGCUGUGUUGUUACAGCCAAGGUUCUUCAGCUGGGAGUAGGGAGUAGCACUGUAUCAGGGGACUGAGGAAAAUGGACUUUCAGAGACUUCACAGUGGCUUAGCCCAAGUCCUGUUAUGACACAUUGCCAUCAUGAUGUAAAUUUGCAUGUAAUGUUACUUGUCUAGUUGGCAACUGACCUAAUAGCAAUAUAUUUCCCGGACCAUUAUUUUUGUUUUAGUAGGGAUUAGGUACCCUUCUUGCAGUUUGUCAUUUUACUGUAAAAAUUGAGAGCUACAAUUUAACAAGUUAGGUUCUCCAGGAUUUCUCAAGUGAGAAAUUGACUGUUUUGCAAUGGGGCGAGAUGCAUGUAUUUGAGACAGUGCUCCCCCUGAGCUGGGAGCCCAACAUGGGACUCAGUCGCAGGAACCCGGGAUCAUGACCCGAGCCGAAGGCAGAUGCUUAGCCAUCUGAGCCACCCAGGUACCCCAGGAAGGGUGUAUUUCCUUUAAAGAGUUGUGUGGUUACUCAGUCUCAUGAAACUGAUCCACAGAGAAAUUGAAGGGACUAGUUUUAUAUGUUAUGUUUUCUGUGUUUCAUUUCCUAUUUGACAGCAGAUAUAAUUUCCUAAAAGUUACUCGUGAUAUCAUCUGGCAGAACUUGGCCUUUGACUCAAAAUCAUUAGCAAUUAAAAUGUGGUCUCUGUGCUUUACUUCCUCAAGGUCAUUGGCCACCGAAGUCCCAUCAGUAAAGCCGAGAAACUGCCGGAACCUCAACUUGAGUUACCUGUGGGAUUUGGCUGUGAUCCUUUUCUCCCAGAAUAGCAAAGGAGGAGAGUUAGGGUCACUGUUGAAUCUGGGAAAAUCCUGGCUGAAAACUCAGAGAGAGAGAGAGAGGGAGCAGCU